AUGGAGGACCUGGAGAAGCUGAAAGAACCUUGUGAGACCUGCUAUCAGCUUUAUUCUCUUCCUGAUCACACAGACCAUUCAAAUCACCCUGGUAACUGUGCUGAGACCGAGGCAAUCAGUAAUCUCCUCAAAGCAGAAAAGAGUGUGUCUGAUCAGACCACCAUCAAUGGAGGUGAUUAUGAUCAAAAGGAGAUUAAUCAAAAGAUGGAAGAAUACAUUGAAAGCAACAUCAAAAAACAGGCACCACAUCUGCGUAGAACAAAGGCAACCGUCAGCAGCAGCAGUUCUGACAGGAGGAUCGUGCUGUUGGGGAAAACUGGAGCUGGCAAGAGUGCAACAGGAAACACCAUCCUGGGAAAGAACCAUUUCCAAUCUGACUUCAGUUUUAAAUCUGUCACCAAGAAGAGUGAAGUUUGUCAGGGUCGUGUUGCAGACAGUAAUGUGUAUGUGAUCGAUACUCCAGGUCUCUUUGACACAUCUGCUGAUCCUGAUGAUAUAACUGAAGAGCUAGGGAAGAGUAUCAGUAUCAGCACCACCCAUGUUUUGGACAGCCGGAGAACGCGUGGCGGAGGGGCAGGGCCGCCGACACACACGGCUGCUGAAUGGCGGGUGGCACAGGAAAAUUCCACCAUCCAGCAGGCGACGGGAGACAAGGCCAAAUCCCAACAUAGGGCCAUAUACAGACAACAAACAUUUUAUUUUCUUCAUGCAGCACGACAUCUGCGUAGAACAAAGGCAACCGUCAGCAGCAGCAGUUCUGACAGGAGGAUCAUGCUGUUGGGGAAAACUGGAGCUGGCAGGAGUGCAACAGGAAACACCAUCCUGGGAAAGAACCAGUUCAAAUCUGACUUCAGUUUUGAAUCUGUCACCAAGAAGAGUGAAGCUUGUCAGGGUCGUGUUGCAGACAGUAAUGUGCGUGUGAUCGAUACUCCAGGUCUCUUUGACACAUCUGCUGAUCCUGAUGAUAUAGCUGAAGAGCUAGGGAGGAGUAUCUAUUUGUCUGGUCCAGGACCUCAUGCUUUCCUCAUUGUUCUGCAAUUGGGCAUUUUUACAGAUCAGGAAAUGCAAAUUAUUGAUCAAAUUGAAAUGAUAUUUGGAGAGGAAGUGAGGAAAUAUACAAUGGUUCUCUUUACCCAUGGAGACCUGUUAGAUAAAGAGAAUAAGACUGUAGAGGAACUCAUUAAAAAGAACGAGGCUUUAAAUAAACUUGUCCAGCAGUGUGGAGGUGGAUAUCAUGUCUUUAAUAAUAAAGCCCUGAGAAACACAGAGCAGGUCAGUGAUCUGCUGCAGAAGAUAGACAGAAUGGUGGAGAAGAAUGGAGGAACCUGUUACUCCAAUGAGAUGUUUGAGGAAGCAGCAAGACUCAGACAGGAGGAGGAGGAGAGAGUGAGGAGAGAUGAAGAAGAAAGAAAACAAAGAGAGGAAGAAGAAAGACAGAACGAAAUAGAACAUGUACAGAGAGAGACAGAGGCAAGAACAAGAGAGAAAAUAAAGAAAGAAAGACAGAAAGAAAUAGAAUGUGUACAGAGAGAGACAAGAGUAAGACAGGAAACGAGAGAUCUAAAAGUCCAGGAAGAUUCAUAUGCAGAGGGGAGAAUUGGUCCAGGCAAUAAAGAGAAAAUGAAGGGUAGUUUUAUGAAAAAGUACUGGAAGCAUAUUCUUGCAGGUUCAAUUCUCUGUAGUCCUAUAGGGAUAGUUGGUGCUGCUGCUGCUGCUGGUGUUUGUUAUUUGUAUGAUUCUAGAAAAAAAAAAGAUUGAUGAUUUGAGUCAUGAGUCAUGAUUUGAAUGUACCCUACAAUUUCAUAAUCCACCUUAAGCACGUAUUGAACCAUUUAUUAACUGAAAUCAGAUGAUUUAAUGUAAUAGAGGUCUUUGGGGUUGCUUAUCUGAAAUUUUGUAUCUCUCUUAUUAAGUCAGAUUUCAUAUAGAUUUUAUUUUCUCCAGAGAUACUGAAUUCUACAAAUCCUGAAUAAUUCACCAAUUACCUGUAAAGUAUGAAUCCUGUUUACCUGUAGUGAAAUUUGUUAAAGGGAAUACUGUAUAAUAAUAAUAAUAAUAAUAAUAAUAAUAAUAG